GCAGCCUGGAACGUCAUCAACACAAGUCGCACUGCCUCCAAAAUACCACAAGCAAGAAUGCUUUUCUACUCGUUUUUCAAGUCUCUGGUGGGAAAGGACGUGGUGGUGGAGCUCAAAAACGACCUGAGCAUCUGUGGGACGCUUCACUCUGUUGACCAGUACCUGAACAUCAAGUUGACAGACAUCAGCGUCACAGAUCCAGAAAAAUAUCCACAUAUGCUGUCGGUGAAAAACUGCUUCAUCCGUGGAUCGGUGGUCCGGUACGUCCAGCUGCCGGCCGACGAGGUGGACACGCAGCUGCUCCAGGACGCGGCGCGAAAAGAAGCCAUGCAGCAGAAGCAGUGAUGGGGUCGUGGGGUUUGUGACGGCUAGAGGAGUAUGAGAUACAACAACUUCACGUUUUGUAAUGACUUUAUUUAAGGAUGGGAGUUUGAUUUACUUCAACAACAACAAAAAGAGACUUUUUUGUUUUUUUUUUUAGUGCAUUCCUGAUUAUGGAAAUUUGCAGAGCAGGAUUGAUUGUCUCAAACCUGCAGGAUGUUCAGCGGUCUUCAUCUGAAUCUUUUAGUUCAAACAACUUAGGACCGUGUUUGUGUUGACUGUUCUGGUUUAAAUUAAAAAGAAGUUGUUUUUUUUCACAAAUAAGGUUACAAUAUUUUAAUCCUUAGUUCAUUUUCUUUAUUAAGAAAUUCUCCUGCCUUUUUGUAGAUUUUUUUUUUUAUUGCUUUUGGAGAAAUACUUUGGUGUGUCAACAUCAACUAUGACCGUGGAAGAAGUCAUUUUGUAAUUAUGUGUACUUUUUGGAAAUAAAGCUAAAACUUCA